UCGAGACAAGCAACUCGGACACCCAACACUGUUACUAAGAACUAAGAAUCCGUGAUAGUCACAAUAUUUUUAGUGCCUGAAUAUGAGUGAAAAAGUGAUGCCUUUCGAUACGAUACUUUAGACUAAAUAGCCUAAAGUGACAAUCCAAGUCGGUGAAACAAUGUCCUGGGAGACAUUCCAACAUGCAGACUCGGCUACGGAACGGAACCAGUUGCUUGUGCCGGAGAUGCGUGACUGGGCUGCAGAAACCCUGAUGAAAAGGUCACUCUUUGCUGCCUUGUGUUGCCGUAAUCGGCAUAAUUCACCAGAUUUUCAGCCAAAGAAGAAAUGUUCUGUGGAACCAAGGGCUGAAUGUAGCUCUACAAAGAGGACCACAAAUAUUGAUGCAGAUCAGGAUCAUGUGAACUUGUCCCCCAUGGUACGCCACCUCGUGGAAAGCAUGACGGAAGAGCAUUGGAGAAUUGUCUGUGAGGCUCUACAUGUGCCUGGGACCAAAGAAGACGUUAGCCAGCUUUGUGCCUGCAUAGUUGCGAAAGUGGUCCGGACGACUCAUUAUUACCUGAUCCCAGCCCUUAGAAAAGUUCUGGGUGUUCCUGUCACAUACGUGAUUCCAUGUGGAACAGCAAGGUUCCUCUCAGGUUCAGGCCAUGAAGACCGAGCUGAGGCAGACUCUGGCUGAGGUCACCAAGGCUCCUGCGUGUGCAGCCGGCCGUCUGGAGAUGGCCCAGGAGGAAGAGACCGCAGGGUGCUGUUUCUUCAGGAUGCCCAAAUUCAAGUUUUCCUUCAAG